GUUCAGUUACUAAAGUUAGUUCAGCCUAAACGCACAAUUUCAAUUUCCAUUUCUAAGUUUGAGCCCGAAUUGAAUAGCAUUAGUGCCCACCCCACGCCUACCCUCGCACCACCGCACCAACGCACCACAGCAGUAUCCAACACACACACGAGGACUGGACAAUUCCCUCUGUUCUAUUUUUUUGUGUUUUUUGUCAAGUGCACCCAAGCAAAGACCAAAGGACGCAAACCAUCUAGUGCGCGAUUCGCGCGCGUUUUGAAUCAAAAGAAUCUAAGAAUCCAAGAAUAGCUAAAUCACUGAAUCGCAGAAUCAGGAGCGGAAAAAGCGAAAGCCAACCCCAAAAACCCAAAGCCCCAAAAGUUCAAGUGAAUAAUCAGUGUGCAUCCCCAAGUAGUCGACCCAAUGAAGCGCCGCCAUGAGCAAGGAUGCACCUACUGAGCGCAACUACAACCGCACCAUCCAGUUAAAUAAUCAUUAGUGAAAGGUCCAUCUGCAGCUUCACAAUCCGGCAAGCGGUCUAGUAAUCAGCAGCCAGAAGGAGCAGCGCAUCGCAUCGUAACGCAUCCUUAGUUUCGGUGGGCCAGGCCGCCAGAAAGCCGUCAAAAUACGAAAGAAGGUGACCUCGAAGAAGGCCAGCGUUGUGUCGGUUGACGACGAUCACAACAACAACAACAACCACAACAACGACCACAACGCUCGGCAGCCCACAAACACAGCGAACACAAGCACACCCACACCAAUAGGAACACCUAUAGACACGCCCACGCCCACGCCCGUUGACCCAGAGCAGGAGUGCCCACAGCCCAGGAGCAACCCGAUCCACAGCCAGAACCAGACACCCAUCGAGAUGGACGACACACAGCACUUCUGCCUGCGCUGGAACAACUACCAGAGCAGCAUAACCUCGGCGUUCGAGAAUCUGCGCGACGACGAGGCCUUCGUGGAUGUGACCCUCGCCUGCGAGGGACGCAGCAUCAAGGCACACCGCGUCGUCCUCUCCGCCUGCAGUCCCUACUUCCGCGAGCUGCUCAAGAGCACACCCUGCAAACACCCGGUCAUACUGCUGCAGGAUGUCAACUUCAUGGACCUGCACGCCCUGGUGGAGUUCAUCUACCACGGCGAGGUCAACGUGCACCAGAAGUCCCUGCAGUCCUUCCUUAAGACCGCCGAAGUGCUGCGCGUCUCUGGACUCACGCAGCAGCAGGCAGAGGACACACACAGCCAUCUGGCUCAGAUACAGAACCUGGCCAAUUCCGGCGGCCGCACGCCGCUCAACACGCACACCCAAUCGCUCCCACAUCCGCACCAUGGCUCGCUACACGACGACGGCGGCUCCUCGACCCUCUUCAGCCGCCAGGGAGCGGGUUCGCCACCGCCGACGGCGGUGCCAUCGCUGCCCUCGCACAUCAACAACCAGCUGCUGAAGCGCAUGGCCAUGAUGCACCGCAGCAGUGCCGCCGCCGCCGCCGAGGAGACCUCCCACGCCUUUAAGCGUCUGCGCGGCUCGGACAACAGCCUGCCGCUGUCCGGCGCCGUUGGCAGUGGCAGCAACAACAACAGCCCCGACUUGCCGCCGCUUCAUGCGCGCAGCGCCUCGCCCCAGCAGACUCCGGCCGACUUCAGUACGAUCAAGCACCACAACAACAACAACACGCCGCCGCUGAAGGAGGAGAAGCGCAACGGACCCACAGGCAACGGAAACUCUGGCAACGGCAAUGGCAAUGGCAACGGAGCGAGCAACGGCAACGGAAUCUCCAUCAGCGACAAGCUGGGCAGCCUCACACCUUCGCCGCUGGCUCGAGCGGGCGCCGAUGAUGUCAAGUCGGAGCCCAUGGACAUGGUCUGCUCUAACAACAAUGCCAAUGCCAACGACGAACACAGCAACGACUCCACCGGCGAGCACGAUGCCAAUCGCUCCAGUAGCGGCGACGGCGGCAAGGGAUCCCUGAGCUCCGGCAACGACGAGGAGAUCGGCGACGGACUCGCCUCCCAUCAUGCCGCCCCUCAGUUCAUCAUGUCGCCGGCGGAGAACAAGAUGUUCCAUGCAGCCGCCUUCAACUUUCCCAAUAUCGAUCCCUCAGCGUUGCUAGGUCUCAACACACAGUUGCAGCAGUCCGGUGACCUCGCCGUGUCCCCUCAAGGAAACUCGCCCAAGAAACUCUUCUCAUGCCAGCUCUGCGGUAAGCUCCUCUGCUCGAAAGCUUCGCUCAAGCGUCACAUUGCCGACAAGCACGCCGUGCGCCAAGAGGAGUACCGCUGCGCCAUCUGCGAGCGCGUCUACUGCUCCCGCAACUCGCUCAUGACGCACAUUUACACGUACCACAAGUCCCGUCCCGGCGAAAUGGAGAUGAAGGACAUUAAGCUCUAUAACCAGUUCAACUCGUCGAUCUGAGACUCAAAGCCCUUGCCGGGCCGCCUUAGCAGCGUGCCACAGCAAAGCCAACAGCCACAGCAACAAUCAACAGCGAUGAAAGACAGCACGACCAUGACCAUGACCAUGACCCCGACAACCAUUACCACGCCGACUCAAACUCCAAGCCAGGCUCAGACUCCUACCUCAAUUCCGAUGGCAGAUCACCAGGAUCUAGCCAUCUACCCAAAGCGACCAAUGCCGCUGAAUGACCAGUAUCAACUGCUAAUACAGCAGCGACAGAUAAUGACCCUGUACGACUACUACCUCUACCAGCGUAAUAGUCACAGCCACAGUCACAGUCACAGUCGCAAUCACGGUCAAAGUCACAGCAGCAGUCACGGUCCUUCAAUUGCCACCACGAGCAACUAGAUAUCGGCUAGAACUAAGCUCAAACUUAAAGCAAUGCCAUUAUGUAGUGAUAUAUAUACAUACCUACCAAUCUAUUAUACACGACGAACAAAAAAUGUUUAGGCCCCAUCUUUAUUAUUACGAGGUGGCGACGAUUACAAACAAUACAAUUAAUAGCGUAUUAUAACUAAAGACAUUAGAUGUAAGAUAGUUAUAUGGGGACAUUUGAAACACUUUUAGAUUAGACCUAGAUUAGUCGGAUCAAUCUAUACAUCGACUUGCUGACUUUUUCACAACUCACGCCUAUGGACCAGUAUAUAGAAUACGGAUAUACACUGUUUACACUCUGUGGCCUUCUUUUACCUUAUACCUCAUACAACGUACUCGUAGUCAAUUUUACAAUUAUAGCUAUUUUCGUGUUUCUGUUGGUUCGAAAACGGACGGACCUCGCACAAGUUGCCUUUCUGAAUAUCUGCGUAAUUUUUCACUCUACCUGGACAAACUGGACAGAUUAUAACGUGCUUUCUUCCGCAACAUAAAUAUACUACUAUGAAGCAAUAAAAUAUAUACAUAUAUAUAUAUAUAUAUAUUUAUAACCUAUAUACAAUAUAAAUCGACGACAAUAGUUGAUAAUGAAAGUAAGGCGCAAGAAUAUAACUUAGGUGUAAGUCCCCAGUUUGCCGAUCAACUUGUGCCUAGAGCUAUAGAUGUUGAAGCAAGAGCAAUAAUGGCGUGGCAGCAUGCGGCUCGGCUUAUCUCAACCAGAUCAAGAACAACUACCAAAUACAGUUUGUCGAGCGGAGAAUAAGAUCGAGAUGCAAGAGAAGCAAAAUCCUGAAUCUUGCCCAAAUCGGAGGGAUGAUGUAAUGAUGUACCAGAAUGCCAGUGCCGCAACUUGAAAUUUACUCGCUACCAGCGUCUCUCUACUCGCACCCGCUACUCGUUAUUCAGUCAGUAGACGAUCGCGCGCUUGCUAAAGGACCGCACAGCAUCACCCGCUCCGCAGCUACCUCGCCCACCAGUUCUACCUCAUCGCCACCCUCGCCGCCCACAGCCCUGAUCUCGCCGACCAGUUCGCUGAAGGGGAGUCUGGCCGCCGCCGUCUACAGCCUACACAGUCACGCCCACGGCCAUGUCCUUGGGCACGCCACCUCGCCGCCGCGUCCUGGCAGCGUGGGCAGCAGUGUGGGCAGCAAUCUCUGCACCUCCACCUCCAUGGGUUGUGGUGUCAACUCUGGCAACAACAGUGGCAACAACAACGGUAACAACGCGAACAACAACAGCAACAACGGCAACGCCACUAACAACAACAACAACAGCAGCAGCAGCAGCACGAGUCCUGGCAGCCAGGCGACGGCAGCAGGAGGAACCGUGACCCAAGCGGGCACGCCUCCGCUACCGCUCCGCAUGCCACCGCCCACCAGCGGCGGCAUAAACGAGCCGCAGGAGUGCCCCUACUGCCGGAGGACCUUCUCGUGCUACUACUCGCUGAAGCGGCACUUCCAGGACAAGCACGAGCAGUCGGACACGCUGUAUGUGUGCGAGUUUUGCCACCGGCGGUAUCGCACCAAGAACUCGCUGACCACGCACAAGAGCCUGCAGCAUCGCGGCUCUAGCGGCAUGCUGAAGCGGCUGCUUAAGACGACCGCCAUCAAGCACGGACUGGUGGGCCACGGACAUGGGCACGGACAUGUCCAUCACCCGCAUGCGCACCACCACGCCCUGUCCCAUCCGCGCACUAGUCUGUAUGACUUCACCAGCGAGCUGGGACAGCCGCCACCGGGCAUCCAAUAGGAGCUAAGUUGGAACGCCAUCUUUUAGAGAACGAAGGAGAGCUGGUCAGUCAGCCAGUCAGUCCAUCCAUCGGUUGGAUGACCAGUGAGAAGCAGCAGCCAAGACCAGCUACAAAUACUUUGCCCAUUGUUUUCGCACUGGACCGACGAUCCCCCAUCGCUCAUCGCUCAACGCCCAUCCGCCAGGAGGGGGGAUCUAGAUCUCCAGCGUGAACUAGGUCUUAGCUAAUUAAUGAUUAAGCAUAUUAGGCAUAUUUUGGCGUCAACUGUUUUAUUACUCUUAUCCCUAUGUUAGGUAAUUAUUACGAUUAUUUUUUUGUGUAUCCUUAACUCUAUUCGUACUAUUAAUUAUUUGUGCUGCUCUCACCUACUUAGUAGUUGAAGCACCUUCGCUGCUUCAUGUGCAAUACCUCAAGAAUCGUGUAAAUAAUUUCGAUAAAUCUUAAAUACCUCUGGAAGCUGCUGCACGAGCAGGCCAAUACCACACACAUACUUACAUGCAUGCAUACAUAUAAAACACACAAUACAAACAGCGUGAAGUUGCGUUUAAAGAAUACUUAUUAGAUUUAGACUUAUGUUACCAUUAAUGACAACAACAAAUGGGAAGAGAACGAAGGACUAGAACACACUCACACACACACAAACACUCACACAACCAUAACCACAACCAAAAGCACACACACACACGCGCGCACAUGCUGGGGGUCGUGACACGAGGGCGGGAGCGGUUGGAGCAAUAACGGUACAUAUCAUGCAACUGCAAUUGCAAAUGAAUCUGAAUCUGCAGCCAAAACUUAAUUUAAAACUAAAGAGAAACUAAAGCUGCAUCCGAAAUAGCAACCGAAUCUUAAGUAGAAUCUAAGCCACCUGUCGGGCGCUACCGGUACUCAGCCGCCGCCCCCGCACUUCCAGCAUAAAUAUAUGUUGUUGUCGUUGUUUUCGUUACAAACAAACACACACACACACACAUAGGCCAGAAACAACAAACAAUCAUACAAUGUACACUCAACGGUUUUUUUUUUUAAUAGUUUUAUGCGCAUUAAACUUAUUUUAUUUGCCAACUGCUGCGCCUAACGUGCGUUCUCUAAAGAGUCGGAUUCCAGUAAGAAAAGAUAAAGGUCCUACGGAUCGGCGGCAGAUUAGAUUGUAUAAGAUGUGUGUAUUUUUUUUUUUUUUCGAGGGAGCCGUAAUUGUAAAUGUAGCUCAUAUAUAUAAGACUAGAGUAAGCUUAAUUCAAAUCUAAUGUUUAAAGUCGGCGGGGCACGGAGAAGACAAACGUGCAGAAGCGAAACACAAGAGACAAACAAAAUCAACCAACAAACAAAAGAAAAACGUUAUCAGGGAUAAAAUAUCAAGUAUGCAGUAGGAAAGUAAUUUUUUCUACUUAUUCACGAAUACGACGAAUAAAGUAACAGAAAUUAAAAUCACUUUUUUAUAUACACAUACAUAUACACACGCGAGCGUAUAAACGAUAAAUGUGCAUAUGCGUAUGCGCAAGCUAAGCGAAACAACUAAACUAAUGUCUAUGUAUACAUGUAUAUACUUUACACCAUUUACCAUAUACAAUUUAUAAGCCGAUAUGCCGAUGAUAUACACAUAUACAAUGUUAGUUUGGUGUAUAGAAGACAGAUGAGCUGUAAACGUUUUUGCAAAUCAAGAAAAUAACGUAUUUAACAAAACCGCAAAGUAACUCAGUGAUUUUUACCAGCGAAGUACAAAUGUUCUGAAAUUAAAUUAACUAACAAGUAAUAAGCGCCGACGAGCAGAUCAGCAAAUCGAAGUAGCUAGCGACGGGAGUAUUCAGAGCAGAAUCAUAAAGGGAAUAGGGCCGCAGUUAGCACUGCCCCAAAAUAGUGUCUGAUCAUGUUGCAUGCAACCAGGAGGGGCAGGCAAACAUGCAACAACCACCAAGCCCAGACUGGAAGUGAAAAAAAAAAAAACAAAAAGAAAAAGAAAAACACCCACUAGGAUCUGUGUUAAGAAAAUGUUUAAGUCAAAAGUACGAAGAAUGUGUAUCAAUUCAAUGUCUCAGGAAUUUCUUAAAAUUUAACCAAUUUACACCUUAUACUAUAGAACACAUUGCAGGAACGUCUGGAAAGACAGACAGCUAACAACAAACUCUUCCAAACCAACACACCUCCAAUGGUGCUGCAUAUCAUCAUCUCAUCAUCAAGUGCGAGUUUUCCGAAUUCUUGUCAAAAAAAAAAAAAUAAAAUAAAUAAAUAAACAAGUAAUAAUAAAAAAUAGUUAUAGGGGCACUAACACGUACCGAUUGCAGUAAAGCAGUAGGAAUAGUAACUGUCGUAGGAGAGUAAUUAGUAUUCUUUGUGCCAUGCUACCCUGAAUCAAUAGCCCCACGAACGGGGAUUGGAAGCCUAGCAGGCAGUCUAAUAACGAACUAGGCAUUGGUGACCAGCGAUCACUGGUCAGCAUGAGGUUUCCUUAUCAGCGUACAAGCAAAGAUCCAUCCAGAUUAAGCUACAUAAUGCACUCAUACAUAUGCAAAUGGCACAUAUGCAACAUGUGUCACAUAUGGGGCAUAUUGGUAGGCACGUUCUCAGCUUAUCGGAGCAUGAGUUCAAGGGCAGUCCGCUCCGUAGAUCCGACAUAGGCUUAAUUAAUUUAUUCAACCUCACAGCUACAGAUAACAGAUACCAGAUACAUAAGGUUGGGGAGGUUAGAAGGGAGGUGAGGAUAGGUGGAGUCGAAGGGAACGGAUAAGCUGUGUGGCACUUUUGCUUUCCCAAGUUGAGGAUUCUAGGAGUCCCAUUUGCAUUAUAGCUUAGAAUUAAUUACGUUCCGCUUACACUUACUUUACACUAUUUAUGAUAUUUUUUUUUUUUCUAAUUUUAGAACCUAAUUUUAGAUGUUUUUUAUACUUUAUUACGCUGAACUUGGACGGAAUUACAGUUUAUGCUAGUAUUUAGUUGGUUACACUUUGUAAGACAUACUCCAUUUAUUAACUUCUUUUAAUGUAACGAAUACGAAAUGAAAAGCAGAGACAGAAACAAAAAUGAAAACGAAAAAUAAUGCAAAUGCAAAACAAACUGUGAUCUUACAAGUUUUUGAAAUGUGAAAUUUUUAAUUCUCCUUGUACGAAAUUCCAUUUUGGCUGUUUAUAUUUUUAAUUAUGUUAUUACAAACGAGGCAGACUAAAGCUGCCUGGCAAAAUUUAUGUUUAGAACCUCAACGAAACUGUGAAUGCGAACUUUUGUAUUAUUUUUUGUGCGCCUUUUUUAUACACGUAUUGUUUAUGUAUCCAAUUGAACCUAUUCAAAAUUUUACUUUUUGGCAUGUGUUACACAAUAAACAAAUCAUUUUAAGCAAAACAACCACAAACUAUAUUUUCCUUAACCCCCAAAACGCAACGCACUACCCCAGAUACAUACACUUUAUUUGUUAUCUAUUAAUUAAAUCCUUUGUUCGACACCUCGACCUCCUAAAAUCGUUACAUCGUCAGAUCGGGAAAACUCAGGAAAUCUUACCAAUGCUCAGGGAACCACAACCACUACACUUAAGAGACUCCUCCAUCGACUCUACAUAUAUGUAUAAUGUUCUUUUUACUACACUGAACAAAAAACCAGCCAGAGAAGAAAUGAAAUGAACCAAAACCAGAAGCAGGAGCAGAAGCAGAAGAAUUUCUUUCGCAAGGAUUUAGCAUGGCCAAAAAACACUGAUGAAAGAGACGCAUAUACAUACAUAUUGGUACCAUUAAUAAGAGGAUUAUGAAUCAGAUUAAUGUAGUUUAUAGCUCUAACGUUCGUUUAAAGAUAUUCUUAGAAAUAGAAACGUAUAUGUAUACCCCAUAUUUGACGCACUUUCCCCACCCGAAGGCAAGAUGCGCAUAACUUCAAAUGCCAAAUGAUUCGGACACCAGAAAUUCUAUCUAAAUAUCUAUUUAUCUGUUGUUAUCUGUCACUCUCCCAUGCGCAAGUACCUUGUACAUGUAUGUGUGAGCAAAAUUUGAAUUUGAAUAUUAAAUUAAAAUUGAAUAAUCGAAGAAAGCGUGAAAUUAAUUAAAAGGAUGAACAAAAUGCAACGCAUAUCACAAAAACAUUCAGUACGAUAAGAAAGGGAAAAUUAUUACAAAUUAGAACACAAAACUUAAAUCGCAAAAUUAGAUAAUUGAAAAUUAUUAGUCGAAAUUAUUAAUUAUAUUAUACACAAUACAUGUGCGUACAUAUUAUUCUAUAUGUGUACAGGCAUACAUUUGGAUAUGUUCAUACUCGUAUGCCCAAAGCCAAAUACAUUUCGGAACUACGCUGUUUAUUAAUUUAACUUUUCGGUAUUUAAAACAAAAAAUCUGUGAUUCACUACAAAAUUUAAAUUUUAAAAAUUAUUGUAUAGCGCCAAAUAAGCGAUAACGAUGUUUAAGCUUAACCACAAGCUAACCAAAGCAAAGCAAAAAGAGAAUAACGAACUUUUUGGAUUUUAUCUAAUAGCCAAAUACGAUACGAUGUAUAUGCGGUUGCAUUUUUCCAAACUUUCGGCUAUACAUACAUACAUACAUACUCACAUGCAUAUUUUACUGAGCAUCGGCGCACUCUCGGAUGCCCAAGUGACCGAGAGAGAUUCCGAUCCCAAUUCGGAUGCAGAUCGAGAUGCAGAUAUAGAUACACUUGACACGCUUGAUACACGCUGACAUGUCCUUCACCGAUACAAAUCAGAGCACAAUAUAUGCAGAUAAGUUGUACUCGAUGGAAACCUGAAAGAACAUUAAAAGUAAAAAUAAUAUUACUAUAACUAUUUUUUUUUUUUUUGUAGGAUUUACUAGAAAUAAUAUAUAUAUGUAAUUUCGAACACUUUUAAAGUCCGAAUUUAUUGACAAAACAAAAUUAGGAAAGAAAGCAGAUGAAUAAUUAUCAUAAAGUCAGCAAAGAAUUACACGUUAGUAAAUAAAAAAAAGGCACAAAUAACAAGAAACUCAUUUCAUGCAUACAAACAUACAUGUAUACAAACUAAUUGUACAUUUUCUAUUACUAACCCUAAUGAAAAUCAAACCUCAUCCCCUGUCAGCAUUAUUCACGCAACGCAAAACGGGGAUGCAGUGAAGAUCGAAAACGCAUAAAAUAUAUAAAUCGAGUCAGAGAGGUGUAAAAGAUGUUUAUCAUGACGGAUUGCAUUCUGCAUGCUCAAGUGCACUGGCACAGUUUAAAUGUGGGCACACGUUUAACGACGGCAGGAAAGCACGCAUCCAACAUAAAUAUAUAUAAAUAAAAUAAUUACAUGUAUACAAGGAAAACACUAAUUAUUAAUAAAAACCAAAAC